AUGACACGCCAGCGAGGCCGACCAGUCUUCAUUUUCAAGCCGUCAAGCGUGCCCGCGCAACGCAAGGAAGCCGUCCGGCUUGAAGUCGUUGUCCACGCAGAAGUGGACUAUUCCAAUCGACAUGGCCUGGGAAUCGGCCUUGUUCAACAAGUCAAAGGAGUAGAAGACAAUGAUCAAAACGUGGGUAAGAUCUCUAAGGAAUCAGAAAAGACCCAAGGCAUCAAGGGCGACAAUUUCGCAGCCGAAAAUGUGAAGACGAGGGAGCGGGCUCGUAUGCUUGCAAUCUUGCAUGCACUGGGAAUGGCUCACAGUACCGCCACAAAAGACGCUUCAGUGAACAGCUCCCAGGUGACGAAAAUCAGAGUCUUGACAGGCUCAGCCGAGGUUGUGAAGACUGUGAACUACCACGUUGACAACGCGCCCUCCAGUCUUGAAGAGAUCACCAACCCGAACGACAGGGUGAUGAUCAGAAAAGUCAUCAAGGCUGUCAAGAGGACAUCUCGGCGUGGUAUCAGCGUUUCCAUCGAUGUCACGUGUCGGCGUGACGCGAGAACGGCCAAAGCACGCUGA